UCUUAUCAUAGCGUCUUUUUAAAAUUUUAAUUCAAUUACUUUUUGAACCAUUGCGAAAGAGUUUAUUUAUCGUCCUUAGAUCUAACGGCUGUUCUUUUGCGGUUACAGUGAACGUGACAGCGGUAAUCAUUGUCUAUAAACCGAAGUUAGUAUUUUGAUAACUGUCCCAAUGAAAAUGGGUAAGAAAGUACGUGAAUAUAAAGCAGGGGAUUUUAUAUUUGCCAAAGUUAAAGGAUAUCCAGCAUGGCCUGCAAGGGUCCAACGGAUGAAUGGCAAAAAAUACUUUGUGUAUUUCUACGGCACAGGGGAGACGGCCAACCUCCCGCCGAACAUGAUAUUCGACUAUGCAGAGAAUAAGGACAAGUUCCUAACAAAAACUGUCAAGAGACGAGACUUCAACGAUGGAGUGAAACAGAUUGAAUAUGACUUUGCUAAUAAUGUACCGUUGGAGCAAGUUAUUGGGGUAGCCACUGAGGCGGAACUGCCAGAAGGUGCCAAUGACACAGCCAAUGAAACUGCAAAUGAAACGGUGGACGAAUCAAUGGCUGACACUACUGCUGCGGACGAAACUAUGGCUGAUGAGUCGACACAGAAUGAUACCGGAAUUGAGGACUCUGAUGAAACUGGUGCUUUAGUUAUUGACGAAGGAAAGCAAGCCAAAGCCGGCCGAAAAUCUACAGCUAAGACCCCAGCUACUCCAAAAGCUAAAGAAGCCAAGACCCCGCGCGGUCGAGGCAAAAAAGACGAAGAAGGCAAGGAAGAAGCCAAAGAGGAUGAGAAGAAAGAAGAGGAGUUAGUUGUCAGUAGAAGCGGGAGAAAGAUACGUCCCAAAAGAUACAUAGACGAACAUACUGAGGAAAACACCACCCUACCAUCGCCGGCUCCCAAGAAACGCCGCGGCGCGUCGCCAGUGGAAAAAGAUAAAGAAAACAAAGAAAAGGAAAGCAAGGAAAAAGAUAAAGACAAGAAUAUCAAACAUUUCAAUGCUGUCACACAGGGAGAUCUCGAAGAUUUGAAAGAGCCUUUUACACCAGACGAUCCGGAAAAGGAGAACAUUAUAAUCGCCUAUCUACCAAUGGGGCAGUAUAUUGGUAUUAAGCUAUUCCAGUCGCGACCUAACAGCUUUAAAAACGAAGCUGCUAGGCUACAGUGGGACAAACAAGCUGCUAGCAAUGCUUUGACACUCAAAUCACAAUUAGAAAAGGGGCACAUAAGCCCUCAUUCAGUAAUGGGACAGUUAGUAAUGGACCUCAAUUUGACUGACGAGGAAAAAGCUACGUUAGACAAGGACAGAGAAACGGAAGAGAAGAAAUCCCGCGUACAGUACCUGAAAGUAGAAAUGAAGCUCAUGGAAUUGGAUACCAAGAUAAAGACAUGCCUUUGCUUAGAGAAAGCUGAUACUGAGUUGUGUCUUAAACUUAUGGACGAACUAAUGGAACUAAACAUAAAACCGCUAAUGCUGCUAAAACACCCGUCCACACUGGAGACAAUAAAGCGCAUGCGCGCGUACGUGGGGAACACGCCGUCGUGGGAACUGAGUGAGAGCGCGGCCUUACAGUUUAGCCAACAGGCGCACAAGAUACGCAAGCAAGCUGACACCGUCUACAAUAACUUGAAGAAAUUGUUCCCAACGCCAGAAGGUCUUUCCUUCUGGGAAUUCUUCACGGAACGAGUCGCACAAUUCAAGAAGGCGACGGAGAAACUCACAACUGAAGAAGUUCUAGAAAUCGUGCACGAUCCUUUAGAAUUGUCUACGCCAACAUCUCACACUAUGAAAGCUUCGGUGGAAGCAGCCAAUGAAGAGGAAAAAAAGGAAAAGGAAACUGCAGAAGAAACCGAGAAGGAGAAGGCAGAGGAACAAGAGGAGGCAAAAAAACCUAAAACUACGCCAGCAAAAGCAAAGAAAGCUCUGAAUAAUACACCAGUAAAAACACCAGCGAAACGACAAUCUUCUAGAAAUAAACCAGAAGAGAAGGACAAAGAAGAAGAAGAAGUAACACCGGCCACAGAAGAGAAAACAGAAGCAGACAAAACCUCAGAACAGAACCAAGACGAACAAACUAAAGAUAAAGAUUCAAAAGAAUCAAAUGAAAAUGACGCAGAGGAGACAGAAGUGGCAAAAGAUAAAAAAGAUAAGAAAAACACCAAAGACAGCAAAGCAAAUAAAGAGGACGACAAAAGUAAAGAUAAUAAUAAAGAUAAAGUUACAAAAGAUAAAAGUUCUAAAGACAAAGAUAAAAAUUCUACAGAUAAAAAUGACACCGAGGUAAAAGAAAGUGACGCGAAAGAAAAAACUCCAGACAAAUCUGAGCAGAGUACAGAUGAUUCCAAAAAAGAGAGUUCAGUCGAAGAAGAGAAAAAGGAGAGUUCGAAGGAGAGUUCAAAAGAAGUAGAAAAAGAGAAGAGCACGGAGAAGAGUGAUAAAGAAGACAAGAAAGAAGAGAAAGAUAAGACAGAGGAUGAGCCUAGGGCGAAGAGAUCGAGAGAGAGCAAGAAGACUGAUCCGCCUCCGCGGUCGCCGACCAAAAGAAAGUCCAAGUUUUAACACACGCCCACACUCACAGAGGAUGCUAUCAUAAUAUAUACAGUCCACCACAGUGGGCGAACGGAGAGGUACAGAGGCGUGCGAACUUUGGACGUCUGAAUUAACACCUCAAGAUGGCCGACAAUGUAAACACUUUAUAGGACUGUAAGGACUUGAUAUGCGGUGCAAGGCGGCUUUACACCGAAUUAGCGAUGGGCGAUUCAUUAAAAAAAAAAAAAACAAUCGAAUUAUUCGAUUGUUGUUAUCCUAUAACAAUCUAAUAAUAAUUAAACUAUCUUAAAGCGAUUAUUUUCGAUUCUUCGAUUGUUAUUCGAUUCAUUUGAGAAACAAUCAAAUCAUUCGAUUGUUGUUAUUAUUCGGUAACAAUCGAAUCGAAUAACAAUUGAACAAUCGGAAACUAAGCGAUUGUUUUCUAUUGUUCAAUUGUAACUUAGAAUGGGCUGGGAUGAUUUAAUCGAAAUACUACUGUAUUUUGUAUGUAUUUUCGAUUUAUUCGUUCCAGGCCGUGCGCUACACUCGAUGGUUCGAUUUAUGUGAUUGUAUGAAGAAACUAUCGUAUAAAUAGAACAAUCGAUUGUCGUUUUUUUUUUUUUUUUCAAUAAUUAAUCACCCAUCGCUACACCGAAUAAUAUUAUGUAUGGAUAUUUCUUUUUGUCACCAUCAUUAACAACCUAUUGUCGGCUCACUACUGAGCAUGGGUCUCCUCUUAGAAUGAGAAGGGUCAGACCAAGUGUAGACCACAAAAAAAUUCAGAUUACUUGAAUACGUAGUUUUAAUUUAAUUCACAUAAUAUAAAUGGAUCAUGUUAUGUAUUAUUUUAUAUUCAAAAUACUUUACAUAACAGAAAAUGUAUAGGAAUACGUACAUAAUAAU